ACAAACUCUCCUUCUUUUCCACCAAAUCAAUACUAGCCUCUACAAAGAGGCAUUGUUUAAUUUCACAAAAUAAAAAUCCAAAAUCCCCUUAAUUUAAUUUUAGGUUAAUUAUUACAUCACGACCAUUAUGGGAAAUGAUGGCCGUAAUUACACAAAGAAAACAAUAAAGAAAAUAAUAUUUUUGGUUUUUUUCGCGGUGGGCAUUAUUUUAACAAAGGCUAAAGGGCGAGGUGGUAUUAGGGACGGAGAUGGCAUAAGUAUUAUUCCACGUCCUGAUGAAAAGGUUUUCAAUAUAGCAAACUUUGAUGCCGUAGGUGAUGGAGAAACUGAUAAUGUUGAGGCAUUUAUGGGAGCAUUUAGGGCAGUGUGUGAUCAUCCAGGAAAAGGUAGAUUAUUGAUUCCAGCAGGCAAAUAUGCAGUUUCUCAAGUAGUAUUUGCAGGGCCAUGCAAAACAAUAGGCCCUAUUGUGGUGCAAAUUACAGGAACUAUACUUGCUGUGCCUGAUGUUUCUAUGUACCCUGAACCUGAAUGGCUUGUCUUUGAACACAUUUCUGGAUUAGUCAUCUUUGGUGGUGGUGUUGUGGAUGGUCAAGGUGCUCAAGUUUGGAAAUAUGCUGAUUGUAAUUCUAACCCUGAUUGCUCUCGCCUUCCUUCGUCAAUAGUUCUUAAAGAUGUAAGCAAUGCAUCAAUAAGAAGGAUAACAAGUUUGGACCCAAUGGGAUUUCACAUCUUCAUAACAGGAAGUAGGAAUAUAAGACUUCAAAGGCUUCACAUUAAGGCUCCUGAGGAUAGCCCUAAUACAGAUGGUAUUCAUAUUAGCUCUUCUGAUCAAAUUAAGGUCUCAAGAUCUCAUAUUGAGACUGGUGAUGAUUGUAUUGGAAUCCUUCAAGGCUCCACUCGACUCGCCAUCAACAAGAUUACAUGUGGCCCUGGUCAUGGUAUUAGUGUUGGUAGUCUUGGUAAGUACGAAGAUGAGGAAGAUGUAAGAGGAGUACAAGUUAAAAAUUGUACAAUUCGAGGUACAAGCAAUGGUAUUAGGAUCAAAACUUUUCCUUUUAAGCCUAACAUAAUUCCAAUCAAGGCUUCUGGCUUUCUAUUUCAAGACAUUGUUAUGGAUAAUGUAAAGAAUCCUAUUAUUAUCGAUCAAGAAUAUUGUGGACGAGGUCAUUCAUGUGUUAACGCGCCAUCAAAAAUAAAGCUUAGUGAUAUUUUCUUCUACAACAUAAAAGGAUCAACAAUAUCUCCAGAGGCUAUCAAUAUCAGGUGCAGCUCUGCAGUACCAUGCCAAAAUGUUCAUCUCCAUAACAUUCAUUUAAUUGGUCUUAAAGGACCCGCAACUGCUACAUGCACUAACGCAAAAGUAAACCUUUUUGGCCUACUAAUCCCAUCCUUGAAGUGUUAAAUUUGUGUAAUUAAUUUAUGUUCCAAAUUGUAAUUUUGGACUACAAAUAAUUAAUUGUAUUUUGCUAUUCCUUAGAUGGGUGGAAAAAAUUAUGCACAACAUUUUAAAUAUAUGUUUUAUGAUCAAAUAAAUCUU